AUGGAGUCUGCAGCCAAGGAUGAAAUCCAGCCCACACUUCCCCCUGGCUCUUCCUGCCUAGUGCCUGAAUGGCCAGAGCAGGGGAGAGCAGAGCAGUUGGCCAGGGGUGCAGCACUCAAAUGGGCCUCGGGCAUCUUCUACCGGCCAGAGCAGCUGGCCAGGCUGGGCCAGUACCGGAGCCGCGAGGUACAGCGAAACUGCUCCCUGGAAGCACGCAUCAAGUCAGUGGUGCAGUCAUACCUGGAAGGUGUGCAGACUGGUGUGUGGCAGCUGGCCCGGGCCCUUGAGGCUGUUCAGGAAACCCACAAGACGCUAAGUCAGGCCCAUAAGUUGCUCCAGAGCUUGGCACAGGCCUCAAAGACCCUAGAGCCCCUACAGCAGCGAGUUGCCCAGCACAAGCAACUGCAGGUCCUGUCUCAGUUGCUGCCUAGGCUGCAGGCAGUGCCAGCUGCAGUGGCCCACACGCAGACCUUGAUUGAUGCCCAGCGGCUCUUGGAGGCAUAUGUGAGCCUGCGGGAGCUGGAGCAGUUGCAAGAGGAGACUUGGGGACCUCUGGGGGGACUGGAGUUGCCAGUCUUCCAAGGGCUAGGCCUUCUGGCUGAGGCACUUGGCCAGGCUGUAGAAGCUGCUGCAGGGAAUGCAGGGCAACUGGCACGGGAAGAUCCAGCCCUGCUAGUGGCUGCUGUUCGUGUGGCAGAGGUGGAGGCCAGGCGCACAACCCCCUUGGGGCAAGCCCCCCGAGACUGGCGGCAGCGAUGUCUGCGGGCACUUCAGGCAGGCCUGGAGCGGGUCUACUUUUCGACAACUGUACUGCCUGAGCCAGGGGCCCUAGCAGGGUGGCUGGAGGCUCUUCAAGUGGCUCUGCCUGCUGAGUUGGCUAUAGCUGAAGCAUUAGUGGCCCCCUGCUGCCCACCACACUACAAUGUGGUCCAGCUCUGGGCCCACACCCUGCACAGUGGCCUGCGCCGUACCCUGAAGCGACUCCUUGAAGGGCCUGAGCUGGGAGCUGCUGACACCUUUGCCUUGUUGCACUGGGCACUGCAAGUCUACCUGGGACAGGAAAUGAUGGGAAGCCUGGAACUGGGGCCUGAUGCGGAUGUGUCUCAACUGGAGCCCCUCUUGACUUUGGAGAACAUUGAGCAGCUGGAGGCAACAUUUGUGGCUAAAGUCCAGGCAAGUGUAGCCCAGUGGCUACAGAAGGCUCUGGAUGGGGAGGUUGCUGAGUGGAGCCGGGAGCAGGAGCCUAAAACAGACCCCUCUGGCUUCUACCACUCACCAAUGCCAGCCAUUGUACUACAGAUACUGGCUGAGAACAUUCGUGUGACCAGCUUGGUCAGUGAGUCACUGCAGCGGCGGGUGUAUGGCAUGGCACUGUCAGAACUGGGCACAUUCCUGAGGAGCUUUAAUGAUGCUCUGAUUCGCUUCUCCCGAGACCAUCUCCAGGGGGAUGCCCUGGCCCCUCACUAUGUGCCCUACCUACUGGCUGCCUUCAACCACCAGUCAGCACUGAGCUCCUCACUGUCCGUCCUGCAGCCCGACGGGGUAGCUUCAGGAGUCUUGGUUCCAGUAGAAACCGCGCUGGAGGAGUUACAGAGGAGGAUCUGUCACCUGAUGUUGGAGGCCCUGCAGGUGGAGCUCCAGCCACUGUUCGCGUCUCUGCCCUCGCGCCGGUGGCUGUCGAGUUCUGAGAUGCUAGACAGUGUGUGUGAGCAGACGUCGCGUUUCUGCGGGGACUUCUGGCGCGUGCGGAAACCCGCAGGUCAGCUGCUCCUGGCCGAAGCAGAGCGCACCGUGGUGUUGCUGUACCUACAUGCGCUGAUGCAGGGCCGCCUAGUGUGCCGCAGUGCCAGCGAGCGGACGCAGGCGGCUGAGCGCCUGCAGCACGAUGCCGGCCAGCUUAAGGAGCUUUUCCUUGGUUUGGGCCUGGAGGAGAGCGUGCAUUGUUCACCGGUGCUGCUCUCCCUGAGGGAACUGCUGAACCUCCACGACUCCACACUGCUUGGCCUCGAGGUGGCAGGCCUGCGACAGCAGUUUCCCGACGUGAGUGAAGACCACGUCUCUGCGCUCUUGGACCUGCGCGGGGACGUGUCCCGAGAACAGCGCCAAGCUGCGCUCAGCUCCCUGCAGGCCGGCCCGCCACCCUCGCCCUCCACGGGCCGCCGCGCACUGUUCAGCCUCGUGCCGGCACCUACGCCCUCGCUGACCUCCUGCCUCACCUCGGGCCCCUGCUCCUGAUGCGUAUCUGCCUGCAGAAUAAAG